CAGACGUGACGUCAUCAUUUGUGGAGCGAUCCCCUCACAUGACCAGAAGACGGAAGUGGCAUUUGAAGCCUCGUAAACAAUCGCUCUCUGACUGUCUCUUUCAAACAAACCGUGAUACAAACGAAAAGAAAACCACAAAUUAAUCGUGUUUUAUCAAGAUCUAAGUUGGGAUAGUCACCGGGAUCUCUGCUCGUCGAACUGUGAGACGGUAGGAGAGAGCGAGAGAGAAACAGAGACGGAGAGAGAUGGGUCUGUCAGAGAAACUAGAGUGUGUCUUGUUGGAUCAAAAGCUGCUUGUCUUUAUGGACCAACUGGAGCUGCUGGAGGAGAAACGAGAGAGACUCAACUCUCUAAUAGAACAGGGAUGGUUCUCCAUGUCCAAAGCGAGGUAUUCGAUGGGCAACAAGCAGGUGUCUGCUCUGCAGUAUGGGAGUGAGAUGGAACCUCUGGUCCGAGUGCACACCAGGACUCUGGAGAGUGGUGAGGCCGAGUUCCAGACAAAGAGAAGGACGCUGAAGUCUCCUGAAGAGAGACAGGUGGAGGACAUUGGACCUAAAGACAAGGAGGGUGUGAGGAGAAGAGUGAAGACGCAGGAGGUUCCAGAGAUAGACCAGAGUGACAACAAGCAUCCGUGGACAGAGACUGAGCCGGCUCCCUCCUCCAAACCUGAACCCAACCCCCAGCAGGACCCACUGAAGUGGUUUGGAAUCCUGGUGCCUCAGACCCUGAAACAGGCCCAGGCCUCAUUCAAACAGGUUGUAGAGUUGUCAGCAGAGGUGGCUACUCUCCAGUCUGCAGUCCUGACCACCAGACAACAGUUGCAGAUGAAACAGAAGAGCAGCAGCCAGACCCCGGACCUGACUGACUGACUGACUUGACUGACAGACUGACCUGACUGACAGAUGGACCAGAAGGAACCAGACGGACAGAUGAACCAGACGGACCAGACGAACCAGGUUGACCAGACGGACCGAACUGACCAGAUCAUGGUUUAGCGUACACAGCCACUCUCUCCCACAUAGUAUAGUAGUACUUCUGUCUAGAGCACUUCAUACAAAGGCUGAGGGGGCUGCAGCCCCCCUGAUAAAUAAAUACAAAAUAUACAAAUAAUAAAAUAGACAUCUUUUUUUAUCACAA